ACCAAAAAAAAAAAGUAGACGACGACGACUCGUGGUGAUGACUCCUUCCUUCUUCGUCUUCUUCGCUGUAUAAUCUCACUCCUCUUCCUAAUUCAUCUUCCUCCAUCGGAGCUGUAUCAAUCCCAAUCGAAACUGUGAGCAUCUUCGAAUCGAUCUCAUAGAGAGAGAGAGAGAGAGGAGGGAGAAGGAGAAUGUCGAACCAUGAGAAGAUCACGUGUGUGUCUACGUCCCAUCAGAAUCUGGUGGAGAAGCUAAUGCAACUCCAGGAGAGGUUCUCCCAUCUCCAGGCUGCUAGGAAGGAAGGGAGGGUUGGUGAUCACGCGGUUCUGGAAGCUCAGAUCUCUCAGAAUCUUCGUGAGUGGCAAGCAGAGCUCACCGCUCCUUCUCCUGAGCCUUCUCUUCUGGUUCGCAAGUCUUGGACUUUAGUGGAUCAUAGCAACUUGGAUAUAACUUCUCAGUUGGAUUACCAUCUCUCAGAAGUGCGCCAGGAGUUCAACAACAGCCCUUCCGUCAAGCUUGACGCGUCUGAAAACUAUACUGACUUCACUACUCCACAAAGUGUCCGUGUGCCUCCUCCUCCUUCUGCCUUUUUGGGACCAAAGUGUGCUCUAUGGGACUGCACAAGGCCUGCUCACGGAUCUGACUGGUACCUCGACUACUGCAGUGACUACCAUGGGAAUCUAGCUCUGAACGAAGAUUCCCCUGGCACAGCACCUGUUUUAAGACCAGGAGGCAUUAGUUUGAAAGAUAAUCUCUUGAUCGAUGCUCUUCGUGCAAAGACUCUUGGUAAGAAUGUUGGCAUCCCAGUCUGUGAAGGAGCUGUUAACACAAAAUGCCCAUGGAAAGCAGCUGAGCUAUUUCAUCUCGAGCUGGUUGAGGGUGAAACGAUUAGAGAGUGGCUAUUCUUCGACAAACCGAGAAGAGCAUACGAUAGUGGAAACCGGAAGCAGAGAUCACUCCCAGAUUACAGCGGAAGAGGCUGGCAUGAAUCGAGGAAACAGCUGAUGAAAGAGCAAGAAGGGCAGAAGAGAUCUUACUACAUGGAUCCACAACCUCCUGGUCUCUUCGAGUGGCAUCUCUUCGAGUACCAGAUCAACGAAUCCGAUGUGUGUGCGUUGUACAGACUAGAGCUCAAAGUAACAAAUGGAAAGAAGAGUCCCAAGGGAAGAGUCGCGAAAGACCCUCUAGCUGAUUUGCAGAAGAAGAUGGAGAAGAUGGGACAGUUGACACCUGAGGUUGCUUCAGACAAACCCUCUCCUCCAACCAAAGGGCGUACAAAGGCUACCAAAGGAGUUAAGUUAGCAACUCAAGACACUCCAGUUCCUGCAACAGUAGCAAAGGAGCCAUUAUCACAUCAGUGAUGGGUUCAGUCUCUGCUUUUAUCUGACUACUAGUUAACCUCUUUGAUGGUGAGUGUUAAUAGGGAGAGGAGUCUGAUCUUUGCCCCUUCUUUACAAUAGAAUCUGAGAUGGUUUGUAAAUUCUUUUAGCUUCGUUUUGUUUACUCUAAAACCAUUAGGAUUGUGUCCAAAAAAGAUUGCAACUCUCCUGUUAUGUUUCUGUGUUCCAAAAUGCUCUUGAAGCUCUCAUGUUUUUUAGACAGAGAGAUCACUUCCCUUAUC